UGUAUGCAGUUGGAUAUUUUAAUUACGUAGUCCUACAUUUAAAACUUCUGGUUUGAUUUUGCGAUCUCCUUGAAUUUUACAUGUGCAAUAUGUAGUUAACAUGCUCGAUGCCGACCUAUUUAUUAUUUAUGUGUAGCACAGUGCAUUUUCUGUUGCCGACUUUAAUUACUGACAGGGAGUUUUAUUAACAUUAAAGAACCACAAUAAGGGCUAUUUAUGUAAUUACAACUAAAGCAGCUUAAUGCUGCGAUUCCUCUCCGCUAAUCUCAUCCGAGUCUCUCAAAGUAUCUUGUCCUUCUGGUCUUUUACGUGUUACCGUAUGUAAUACCAUGCUAAGUAAUCGUCCUCGGCUAAAGAUUUAAAAGAAGGGCCUCGGCUCAUCAGAAAUAAUCCGAUAUUUAAAUAACACCAAAUCAGAAAAUUUCGCAUGAAUCGGUAAUUCGGAUAAAUCUGGUGUAUUUUGUCACCUCCAAUUUUUAAGUAGGAAUUAGGUUGACAAUUUUACUGAAAAAAAUGUGAAGACAUUAAGACAGAUAACUCAGGUAUUUUAUUUGGGAUUAAGUGUUCCUGGCACAAAAUCAAAAACGGAUUGCUGUUAAGCCGAAAAGCUACCGAGUUUAUUUAAAACUGACUUACCUGAAAAACUGCACAGAACAUACACGCCGAAAAGAAGUGAACACGAGUUCCAGGAAUGGAGACGAUUUCCAGUCAACUGGCAGGGGGACUUGAUACCAGUUCUUCUCCCAAUUCGCAGCAGGAGCUGCAACCUUACACGGGGUCCAGUUCUUUGAAACCUAACCAAGUCAGCGAGACCAUCCUUUACGGAGUACCUAUCGUGUCCCUGGUGAUCGAUGGUCAAGAGAGGCUUUGUUUAGCUCAGAUUUCCAACACUCUUUUAAAAAACUACAGCUACAACGAAAUCCACAACCGGAGGGUGGCUCUGGGCAUCACCUGUGUGCAGUGCACGCCGGUGCAACUGGAGAUACUGCGACGCGCGGGCGCGAUGCCCAUCUCCUCCAGGCGCUGCGGAAUGAUUACAAAACGAGAGGCCGAAAGACUAUGUAAAUCUUUUCUGGGCGCACAUAGCCCACCGAAGCUGCCCGAGAAUUUUGCUUUCGACGUUUCGCACCAAUGUGCCUGGGGCAGCCGGGGGAACUUUAUUCCAGCGCGAUAUAACAGCUCCAGGGCAAAGUGCAUCAAGUGCAGUUAUUGCAAUAUGUACUUCUCCCCAAACAAAUUCAUCUUCCAUUCGCACCGCACGCCCGAGGCCAAAUACACCCAACCGGACGCAGCCAAUUUCAAUUCCUGGAGGCGUCACUUGAAACUGACGGACAAAAAUUGUUCUGACGAUCUGGCUCACGCCUGGGAAGAUGUGAAAGCAAUGUUCAAUGGGGGCAGUCGUAAAAGGACCCUUCCGAUCGGCAGCUCUGAGGGGUCUUCAUCACUGAAGCAACAGGCCUCCAGCAGCCUUCCGCGACGUUCCCCAGAAGUCCCCCAUAAAAGCAUGAGGUGCGAGGAGGAAGGGGCCAGUCUCAGCAUCAGCAACGGGGUGCGGAGCUACCCUGUCAUUCCAGUUCCCAGUAAGGGUUUUGGGGUUCUACAGAAAAUUCCUCCGCCACUUUUCCCUCACCCUUACGGCUUCCCUGCCUUCGGAUUGUGUCAAAAGAAGGAUGACACCGUGGGGGUUGGAGAGCAGAGCAAAAACAACGGUCUACAGGGAGUGUUCUGGCCGGGCGCAAAGGAUACCGUGUACCCGUCAUUCCCUAUGUUUUGGCCAGCAGCGGGCAGCUUGCCCGUCCCUCCCUACCCACAGAAUCAAGCCAAACUGGCAACAGAACUCCCCAGCGCCCGACAGAGUGACAUGGACUUGUCCGAGCAGAGUGAUCGCAGCACCAACACUCCUAAGGACAGUUUGGCGGACAGCGAACGGUGCUCCAGUACUCAGUCCACCAGGAACGAGGAGGACAAAUCGGGAGACGAGGGUAUGGCCCUCACCCCGCGUAAAAUGAGCUACAUCUCUGCUUUCAGGCCCGUCGUCAAGGACGCCGAAAGCAUCGCUAAACUCUACGGCAAUAGGGAGGCCUAUAGCGGGGUGCGCUCUGGCUACCUUUCGCCGGACUUCAUGAGCGAGAGCUCCAGUUAUCGGUCUGCUUCUCCGGAGGUGGACAGUGGGGAUGAAGCAGAAGUAGAUGUGGAGUCCAACAGGUUUCCCGAGGAUGAAGAAUCAUCAUCGGAGCGGCUUUGUCAAGAGAGUCCAGCUCGUAGUCUAGGAAAGCAGGGCACGCAGGAUCCAGAGGAGCGCGACCCGGAGCCCGAGGAAUCCGAGAUCCAAGUGUGCUCAAAUGAAAGACAAGAGCAAGGACAGAGUUUGAAGAAUCCCACCGCUUUUGGAGUCGGCUCCAAUUAUCUGUGCAGUCCGUCUGAAGCCAACGACCAACAACCAGAAAGUGCAGAGGAGGACCCUGGAAAGACGUACCACGAUACCGCAAACUUCACCCAAGAGAGCCCAGCCGAAGUGGACAGAGGAGAGGACGUGGUUGCGAACGACAUCGGCAGAGGACAGCCAUUAAUUGAGAAGGAUAUCGAAAAUAUGGCGAAGGAUGAGUUGCAAAAACAGCUUGUGGAACAGAUGGAGUUAAGAAAGAAGUUGGAACGUGAGUUCCAGAGCCUCAAAGAUAACUUUCAGGACCAAAUGAAAAGGGAACUGUCUUACAGAGAGGAAAUGGUCCAGCAGCUGCAGAUUGUCCGAGACACCCUGUGCAAUGAACUGGACCAGGAGCGGAAGGCGCGAUAUGCCAUUCAACAAAAGCUGAAAGAAGCUCACGACGCUCUGCACCAUUUCUCCUGUAAGAUGCUGACUCCUCGGCACUGCACCGGGAACUGCUCCUUCAAGCCACCCCUACUGCCUCAGUGACCAACUCGAAGCGGCUGUACGAUACCAAGGACUGCGACUGGAUUCAGCACACCUGCCUCAGUGACCCGACCAGGAGCCGGACUCGGACUGUGUCAAGACCAGAGACCCAGAUCCGCGCUCAAUAAGCCAUUUGUGACCGUGUAUGUAGAUAUGAAGCGGAUCAGGGCCAAAGGCCCGGGGUCCAUUGUAUGCACUGUAUGUAGAUUGUUAAUAUACAACUGUCGAGAGACUCCGGAGAGGGAUGCAGUAUGGUUAGAGCCAUAUGUAUCCCCACCGCCGCCUCUUCUAUAUUAUUGAUAUCAAAUGUGGCUACGUGCAAUGGAUAUACCUGUCCUGUGAUUUUGUUAGUAAACAGUAUUUGCUGGAUUAUUUAUUACUCUAUUUAUUUAAAUUAUGAUAUUUUAUUUAUUUGCUUUGCCCAUCUGAAGAGAUAAACUUUGUAAUAUAUUGAUGUAAAGCACUUUAAACAAAGAGAUUCUCUUGACGUGACAAUAAAAGCGUUCUGUUUGGAA